UUUCCGGCCCCACCGGUUCUGUGCUGGGUCCUCGACCCUGGGCCGGAGGCGGCGCCCUCGAAGUGUGGCGGGACGGCCGGUCGCCGGGUCAGGGAGCGCGCUCGUUCAGGACCGGGAGGCUCAGGCACCCCAGCGCACCGGUCGGCUCUCCGCCGCCCCCGUGAUGCAGCGAGGGGCGGUGCCCGCCGUGGCCACAUCCCCAGCCCCGACUUGGCUCCGGCUGUCCGGGGUCUCGCAGAAGCCGUAGAGACGAAGUCUUCAGUUCCCGGAGGAGCCGAAGCGUCUUUUGUGGACCUACGUGGGGAAAGAAGAGCUGGCUGUGACCUCUGCCCUGUCCUGAAGGCUCCAGCCUUGGGCUAAAUGGCAGCACCCCCGCUGGGCCGUCUGGUGCUGACCCACGUGCUGGUAGCCCUCUUUGGCAUGGGCUCAUGGGCUGCCAUCAACGGAAUCUGGGUGGAGCUGCCUGUGGUGGUGAAAGACCUCCCGGAGGGUUGGAGUCUCCCCUCCUACCUCUCUGUGCUUGUGGCACUGGGGAACCUGGGUCUGCUGGUGGUGACCCUGUGGAGGCGGCUGGCCCCGGGCAAGGGCGAGAGGGUCCCCAUCCAAGUGGUGCAGGCGCUGAGCGUGGUGGGCACGGCCCUGCUGGCCCCCCUGUGGCCCCACGUGGCAGCAGUGGCAGGGCAGGAGUACUCUGUGGCCUUCCUGGCUCUCUCCUUCGUGCUGGCGCUGGCCUGUUGUGCUUCGAAUGUCACGUUCCUGCCCUUCCUGAGCCGCUUGCCGCCUUCCUUCCUGCGGUCCUUCUUCCUGGGUCAGGGCCUCAGUGCCCUGCUGCCCUGUGUGCUGGCCCUAGUGCAGGGUGUGGGUCGCCUCGAGUGCCCACCAACCCCCACCAAUGGCACUCCUGGGCCCCCCAUUGACUUCCCAGAGCGUUUUCCUGCCAGCACUUUUUUUGGGGUCUUGUCCGCCCUAUUAGUCGUUUCAGCUGCCGCCUUUCAGGGUCUCCUGGUGCUGUUGCCGUCACCACCGCCUGUACCCAGAGGAGGCCCAGGGCCUGGCCUGCAGGUGGGAGCCCCUGGAGUGGAGGAAGAGGAAGAGGCCUCUCCCCUGCAGGAGUCUCCCAGCAAGACGGCAGGCACCACCCACAGCCCAGAACCUGCGGCCCGUCGGCUGCUCUCCACCCGUGGUGUCUGCCUGCUGGGCCUGCUGGCCGUCACCAACGCUCUGACCAAUGGCGUGUUGCCUGCCGUGCAGAGCUAUUCCUGCUUGCCCUAUGGGCGCCCAGCCUACCACUUGGCUGUGGUGCUGGGCAGUGCCGCCAACCCCCUCGCCUGCUUCCUGGCCAUGGGUGUUCUAUGCAGGUCCCUGGCAGGGCUGGGCAGUCUCUCCCUGCUGGGCAUGCUCUUUGGGGCCUACCUGAUGGCGCUGGCAAUCCUGAGCCCCUGCCCACCUCUGGUGGGCACCUCUGCAGGCGUGGUCCUUGUGGUGGUGUCGUGGGUUCUGUGUCUCGGCGUGUUCUCAUACGUGAAGGUGGCUUCCAGCUCCCUGCUGCAUGGGGGGGGCCAGCAGUCGUUGCUGGCAGCUGGCGUGGCCAUCCAGGUGGGCUCUCUGCUCGGCGCCGUGGCCAUGUUCCCUCCCACCAGCAUCUACCAUGUGUUCCGCAGCGGGAAGGACUGUGUGGACCCCUGUGGCCCCUAAGCCUGAGCAGGUGGGGACUCCGCUCCACUCCACUUGUCUUCAGGUUGGGGUUGCCACAGUGCCUGCGUGCCCACAGCCCAGGGAGGCCCACCCUACAAGCAGCCUGCUCACGGAUGCCUGCGUACUCCACAGGAGAACCUGGCACUGCAGGCCAGGGUUGGGACCACAGAGCAGGCUCGGAGCCAGGGCCCGGCUGGGGAUGUGGAUUUGGCCCAGGCCCAGGACCUGUGUGGGAUUUGUACAAUAAAGCGUGUUCAUUUCGUGA